UUCAAUCUUCUGCUUUUUCCUGAUUUUCUAUUUUUGGUCCAUCAUGGCUCCAAAAAAACCUGAGCAAAAGAAGGAAAUGGCAAAAUUUCCUCAAGAGGCAGAAGCUGUGAAAGAAGCAGACUUUGACCCCCAAAGUGUAAAGAUAGAAUUCAGCUCUGAUCAGAUUGAAGAGUUCCGAGAAGCCUUUCAGCUGUUCGACACAACUCUAGAAGGACACAUGAAGAUCUCAUUGGCUCAGUGUGGAGACGUGAUGAGAGCUCUGGGACAAAAUCCAACAAAUGCACAAGUCCUGCGAGUCCUGGGACGACCCCCAGCAGAUGAGAUGGAUGGCAGACUGAUUGAUUUUGAAACCUUCCUUCCGAUGCUUCAACAUGUGGCUCUGUCCAAAGAAAAGGGCACAUAUGAGGACUUUGUUGAAGGACUCAGAGUGUUUGAUAAAGAAGGAAAUGGCACUGUGAUGGGGGCGGAGCUGCGACAUGUCCUGGUCACUCUGGUAUUACGCCUCAGAGGUUAA